CUCACCUACCAAAGGUCGAUCGAUCAGCGGAACUUAUUGAAAGAAAAUGUCUCUUCUGUUUUCCUCUUCCCUCCAUUUUUUCCCUUCAUCAGCUUCCCCCACUUCCCUUCGUUACCAACUCCAUCCUCGUUUCGCCGCAAGUUCUUCAUCUCCUCCGGCCGCCGGACUCUUCUCCGCAGCUGGAACUUCUCUCUCUCAUGGUUCCCACCACAACUUCCGUACUGGACCUCUUUACUGCUCACCUUCUUCGUCAAUGUCGCUCGAGGAAUCUACUUCAACUUCUCAGUUGGAGGAUAGCUUGUUGUACUCGAGAGCUUUUUGGGUGAGCAGACAUGUUAUUGCGUGGAAUGUGGAAGUUGAGAGCGGUUCUUGCUAUCUGUUUGCCAGUAAAAUGGCUACUCUGCGUGUUAAAGAUGGUGUAGUCGAAGGCUACGAUGUGAAAAUUACGCUGGAAAAUGACCGUAGCCAACUUCCAGAAAAUGUGAUCAAAAAGUUCCCGCAUAUUCAAAACUACUGCCCUUUCACAGUCCCUCCUGCGUCAGACGUUGAAGCACUCCUCAAAUGUCAACUGGCCGUAGCUACUUUCGACUCUUAUGGUGAAUGCAAGAAUAUUACUUGCCUGCAGCUACCUGGUGUUCUGGACGACUUGUUCUCUUAUGAAGGUCCUCUUGGUGCAGUUUACUCAAAAGAGGGUGUAUCACUUUACCUUUGGGCUCCAACUGCACAGGCUGUACGAGCUCAAAUUUUCAGAGACCCAGUGGGUGGGAUGCCAUUUGAAGUUAUUCCGCUUGAGGAGGUUGAUGGUGUUUGGAGAACUAAAGGACCAAAAAGUUGGGAAGGAUGUUAUUAUGAAUAUGAAGUAACAGUCUAUCACCCUAGCACCUUGCAAGUUGAAAAAUGUUUUACUACUGAUCCUUAUUCUAGAGGGGUCUCCUCAGAUGGAAGGCGGACGUUAUUUGUUGAUCUUUGCUCUGAUGACUUGAUACCUAAGGGUUGGGAUAAAUUGGCUGAUGACAAACCCCCAGUGGAUUCAUUUACCGACAUUAGUAUUUAUGAGUUGCAUGUAAGGGAUUUUAGUAUAAGUGAUCAAAGUGUGCUUCCUGAUCUGCGUGGUGGUUAUAUGGCUUUCACUUUGCAGGAUUCAGCUGGUAUCAAUCAUUUAAAGAAGCUGUCGAAUGCUGGUCUUAGUCAUGUUCAUCUACUGCCAACCUUCCAUUUUGGUGGAGUUGAUGACGAUAAGACGAAGUGGAAGUUUGUCGAUACUGAGCUUCUGGAAAAUCUUCCUCCAGAUUCAGCUGAACAGCAAUCGUUAAUUGCAGAUAUCCAAAAUAGUGAUGGGUAUAACUGGGGGUAUAAUCCUAUUCUGUGGGGAGUACCUAAAGGAAGCUAUGCCAGUGAUCCUAACGGUCCUUGUCGUUUAGUUGAGUUCCGCAAGAUGGUUCAGGCACUUAACCAAAUUGGCCUUCGGGUUGUGUUGGAUGUUGUCUAUAAUCAUCUACAUGCACAUGGACCUUUUGAUUCAAAUUCUGUUCUUGAUAAGAUUGUACCAGGUUACUAUUUGAGAAGGAACCCUGACGGUUUCAUUGAGAACAGUACCUGUGUAAAUAACACUGCCAGCGAGCAUUUUAUGGUUGAACGCAUGAUUGUGGAUGAUAUCUUACACUGGGUUGUUGAUUAUAAGGUUGAUGGAUUUCGGUUUGAUCUAAUGGGCCAUUUGAUGAAAAGUACUAUGUUGAAAGCUAAAGAUGCACUUCAAGGAUUAACAAAGGAAAAGAAUGGAGUUGAUGGUUCAAGUAUCUAUAUAUAUGGUGAGGGAUGGGACUUUGGUGAAGUCGCGAAAAAUGGACGUGGAGUAAAUGCAUCACAGUUCAAUCUUUUUGGAACUGGAAUUGGGAGCUUUAAUGACCGGGUUCGGGAUGCAAUACUUGGUGGAUCUCCAUUUGGGCAUCCUCUUCAGCAAGGAUUUGUGACUGGUCUAUUGCUAGAGCCUAAUGACCAUCACCAUGGUACACAUGAAGUUGCGGAAUCUAUGCUUGCUGUGUCAAAGGAUCAUAUUGAGGUUGCGAUGGCUGCCAAUUUGAGGGAGUAUAUUCUAACCAAUUUUGAAGGAAAAGAGGUGAAGGGGUUAGAAGUACUGACUCAUGAUAGAUCUCCAGUGGCGUAUGCUUCUUGCCCCACAGAAACUGUAAAUUAUGUUUCUGCUCAUGAUAAUGAAACUCUAUUCGACAUUGUGAGUUUGAAGACUUCAAGGAACAUUACCGUAGAUAAUAGGUGCAGGAUUAAUCAUUUGGCCACCAGUAUUAUAGCAUUAUCACAGGGAAUACCAUUUUUCCACUGUGGUGAUGAAUUACUACGCUCAAAAUCAAUGGAUCGUGAUUCAUACAACUCUGGUGAUUGGUUUAACAGACUUGACUUCACUUACAUGACAAAUAAUUGGGGCGUUGGCCUUCCUUUGAAAGAGAAGAAUCAAUACAACUGGCCGCUAAUAAAACCUAGACUGGCUGAUCCCUCCUUCAAGCCUAGUAAAAGUCACAUUCUUGCUGCUGUGGAAAAUUUCACUAAUCUGUUACAAAUCAGAUACUCUUCACCACUUUUCCGUUUGAAGACAUCUCAUGCUAUCCAGAAACGAGUUCGUUUCCACAACUCAGGCACGUCACUUAUACCCGGACUCAUAGUGAUGAGCAUUGAAGACGGGCACGAAGGCAUUCCCGGGUUAAGUCAGCUAGAUUCAACCUACUCGUACAUUGUUGUUGUGUUUAAUGCACGUCCAACUGAGAUUUCAUUUCCUUGUCCUGCAUUGCGGGCAAAAACUCUUCAAUUACAUCCCAUUCAGUUGAUGUCAACCGAUCCCAUUGUAAAAAAUUCAACAUACGAGCCAUCCACAGGAUGCUUCGUAGUGCCUCCAAGGACGACAUCAGUAUUUGUGGAGCCUCGGAUACAUGAGUAGCCUCAUUCCCUGAAAUGGUACUCCCUUAUGUCUAUGUCAUCCCAGACUAACUGCUUUUAUUUGGCGAAAGUAGAAUAAAUCUCUAUUUCAUCAUUGUACUAUGUUAAAUUUAACAGUCUAGGUUGAUAAAUUCAAAUAUAUUUAAUCUUUUGCACUAGAAAUCCAAUAA